AGUAACGCACACAAGACACAAUAUCUGUAAUAAUAGCUAUCCAGUUGCAACCGACGCGGCAAAUAAGACACUCGUGUUUUCAAUAUCGAAUAAACUUUACCUGUUAUAAAAUAAGUACUAAUAAUAUCAAGAUUUUAUAUACAAGACAAUGUUCUAAGUGCUUUUUUAAAUAUGGCAAAAGUGUGGAUCUCUUUGGUGCUUUUAUGUGUAGCAAUAACCUGUGCUACGGAAUUGGAAUAUGAUGACUACUAUGAAUCCAUGGCUGACGAUAAUUAUGACAAAUAUUAUGAUUACAACAAACCAGAUGAAAAAAAUGAUGACCCAGACAGAGGAGACACAGAAAUUUUGAACAACUCUGAAAAAGAAACUAAAUUAGGAGAUGAUGAGAAAGUAAACAAUGAAGAAUCCAAAGAUGCUGCUGAAUUCACCUCAAAUGAAGAAGAUAAAGAAACUAUUGAUUUAGAAAACUAUGAUGACCUUCCAGGACUUGAACGGUUUUUUCCGCCGAUAAGCAAUGAUGUGAAAGAGGACCAGGACGCUGAUUUACCCAAUGAUGACGUAGAAUCUAAAGAAAUAUCAUUCGAUGUCAAUAAAGACAUUGAACCGAUACCACUCCCUCCUGUUGGUGAAACAGAAAAAAACAUACAAACAUCAACUAAAAACGAAUCUAGCUUAUCCGAGACCGAAGAAAAAGAUAUCAUUGAUACAGACUUAAAUUUAAAUAAUAAUGAAAAUUUAAAAAAUAAUAUUAAGUCUGAAGAAGAUAUAAAAAUUACACUUGGAGAUGAAAAAGGGGAACCAGAUUUCAGGGAUAUUUUAGAUGAAGAUUCUGUUGACAAAGCAUACGAAGACUUAAAUAAAGACUUACACCAAUUGAUGGAAACUUGGAAGAAAUUAACAGUCACCGAAGAAAAAAAUGCAGAUGAUUCAUUGAGUCCAGAUAAUAUUUUAGAUUACGAAGAGAAGUAUGGUCGACCAUAUAACGAAGGUUUAGUUCUAUCACAAAGAGAUAACUUCUAUGAAGAUGAAAAUUCAGAUGCUGAAGUUGAAGAUAAAAGUGAUGCUGUUGAUGAUGAUAGUGGAGAAGAUGCCAAAUUUCGUGCAGAUUUAUACAGAGAUACUGUAAAUGAUGAGAAUGACGAAAAGACUCUUCUAGAAGAUGAACUUGAUUUGGGAAAAGAAGAAAACGCAGACAACAUAGACUUUGUUCACAAUGAUACUAAUAAUGCUGCAGAAGAAGUGGGCAAUGAAACAGAAGAUGAGAUCGACAAUAAUUCGCUAUCUCUUUUGUCAGAAGAAGAAACGUCAGAUGUUGACUUGAAAUCAUUUGAUCCUGAAACAGAUAUUAAAGAUGAAAUUUCUAAAAAUAAUGAUGAGACAGAAAAUUUUAACAUUAAUAUAGAAAGUAAGGAAACUAAAAAACAACAGAAAAUGUAUAUAAAUGACGCUAUUGCACCUGAAGAAACGGAACCUGUUUCGGUGUCUACUAGAAAGGAAUUUAGAACUAUGAAUGUCUCCGAAGUGAGCGCAGAGCAAUAUGAACAAUUGAUGGCACAGUUCCAGGUAGCUCACAGAGAUGAAAUGCAAAUUAGCUCACCAAAUUUUGCAAGCGUUCCAGUGAUCCAUAUACCGAUCACUUUGGAUGAACCCGUGUAUGUGACGUCGCCAAAUUAUCCUAAUAAUUACCCAAGUAAUAACAUUAUCGACUGGAUUUUCGAAGGCGAAGGAGUUGGCAUUGAAUUGAACAUCACCGAUUUUGCUAUCAACGGUGUUAGAGGCGAUUACUUGUUAGUUAAACCAGGUGGUAUCGAUGAGAGUGGAACGGAUGGUCUCGUGUUCUCUUACCAAUUGAAUGAACCUCGCCGUUACCGAUUUUUAGAUGUCGACAGAAUGUUUGUCAGAUUCGUCGCCAUGACUGGUUUUGCAUUUUUUAGAGGGUUCAAAUUCAGCGUAAGGAUGGUCGCUCCGCUUCCUCGUAUGCAAGAGGAGAUUCCAGAGCCAGAGCCUGAACUUCCGGAACCAGUGGAAACACUCACACUUAUACUAGGAGGCAUGCCGGCUUUGCAAUUCACCCGCAUACAAGAAGAAUUCAGAGUUUUAUUAGCAGACAUGGCUUUGAUGUACAUCAAUGAAAACAAAAUAGACCCAGGACUUAAUUCCACAUUGACCGUAACUCAGAUAACUAACGUGGGUAUCUGCAACAUCAACUGGCCCAACUUCGAGAACUGCACUCAAGUGACCUUCGCGGUGCCUCUAGUAUACGAAGAUCAAGAUGAUGAUGAUGAUCAUAGGCUUAAUACUGAAGAUCUGAGUUCCAUGUGGUUUGGGUACUAUAGUCGAGAUCCGUUCGCUGCUAGACUAAGGAGAUUGGGCAUCACGGAGUUUGUCAGACCCAAUGACAAAAGCGUGCUUGCUACCUGGCUGGUGAUAUCACUUGGGAUACUUGCUAUCACGGUGAUCAUGGGCAUUGCUCUCUGGCGAUAUAGCUGCUUAGGCUCCUAUACUAGGAUGCCGGAACCCAGUUUCCGUGACAGUAUUUACAACGAGAAGCAGGGACUGGACUUGUACCCAACGCCACAUCAGACCCUCCCGCCGCUCUACGACAGUGACUACAAGUGGAGUGACGGCAAAUACGACCACUCUACCAGGGUUACAAUGGAUGGUUAUUCGAAUAGAAAUUUCACAAGGGACGAAUUGUCCGACAUCGAAACGGACGAAGAAGUAAUUUCAACAAGGGGCAGAUACACCACCGACGUGUAGCCGAAUACUGCUUCAGUUUGCCUGUUCUUAACUGAAAAAUCGUCAUCAUACCAAAGGUCGUCGUCAUACGAAGCGUGAUACGUGAAGAACAACAUAACUAAUAACCUAGUUUAACAUUAUUUAGAAUGUUUGAGAUUGAAAAAUCUUAUUGUGAUUUAUCUAGUUUAAUAUAUAUUAAGAUUACAAUUAAAUUAAUAUACACUUAAGUACUGCUUAUAAAAAACUUAUUGAAUCUAAAGUAGGCAAUAAAACUAUACAUUAUAAUUUUCAAAAAUACAUAGUGUAAUCAUUUAUUAACGGUAAUGCAGAAUAUUGAUAAAUACAUAAUCAGAUAUUAAUGUCUGAAUUGAUAUUAAAUUAUGGUUCCAUGUUCAAUAGAUAAGCAGUACUUGAAAAAAAUAGAUGUAAGUGCUAGUUUACGUGAUUUUCUGUGAAGCUACACACCUUUGAAACGACACCGAAUUCCCAAUAUCGUUAUUGUUAUGUAGUUUAAUCGAACCGUUAUCAGUUCGCGGUACGAGUAAAAAAUUACGUAAUCGGUGUUCUAUAUAAAUGCCAUACGUAAAUUAUACCAAAAAGUUAUACCAAACAACGUAAACGGUCAUACUUUAUCGAAGAGACUAAGGUUGAGCUCGCGUCUGUGUCUGUAUACUAGACAACACGUCAAGUUACUUCAAAAGCGAAAAUUCUACCAAUCGAUUUCAAUACUUAAUCUUUUGACAGUUAAGUUCAAAUUUGAUUGCAAAUAUUUGGUCCUUUGUAGCAACCUGAUAUGCUGCUGUAUUCAUAUUACCAUGAAGGGUUAACGUUACUGAAUAUUAAUAGGGGUAAUUUUCAUAAAUCGCUGUUUUAUAAACCGUCGAAAAUAUUUAUGGUAUUAUUCUUCCAAUUAAGUAACAGUAUAUAUGUAUACUUUACUUUUUUACUGAUAACGCUAUAUGAAUAUAUAAGAAUAGCUUUUAAACUGGUUUACAACGGUAAAAUUAAAUGUUGAUUCCUUCCCUGAUUAUUUAUUUAUCGAUAUUGUAGAUAUUCAUUCUAAUAAUAUAUGUACAGAAAAAUGUACCUACUAGACCUACAGACAUGAAAUAGGCCCAAAUGAAGUGGUUUUAAAUAUUUUUGUUGUAAUAAUGUUGAUAGUGAGUUUUAAUUUUUUUAUUUAUAUAUUGUUUUAAUAAAUAGUUUUUUAAUUUUUAUAUAGUUUCAUUUUGUUUGUCUAGUUAUAUUUAUUUACCUUUUAUUAUAUUUUUUGAGUGUUUACGGAGUUUAAUAAAGGUUGUGAAUUAAAAAAGAUAUUUAACUUAUUCUAUUUAAUAAAUAUUUUUAUGCGACACAUUAAAAUUUUAACAAAUUUGGAAUAAUGGAAUAUUUUAACAAAAAAAAAAAUACCUAUUUUGUUUAACAUUUUAAACCAACAAGGAAUUUUAAUACUUGCCUGGUAAAAAGUAGCUGAUUAUUCCUACACGAUAUAGCCGAAAGGGGGCAGUGGCCACAACCUUUUUCUUAUGUCUUUUGGGCCACCUGAUCUUUAAGGUUUUGCAAGUUUUCAGUAUAAUAAAUUAUACGCAUAAAAAACAUUUCCUUUAUUUUCAUUCGAUACGAAAAAAAACAUUCGAUUUUAUUAAAACUAUAAUUUUACUUUUGUAUAAUAUUCAACUGAAUUUCCAUCUUAAAGCCCAUAUAUUUAACAAAAUUCCAAUAUAAGUUCUAGUGACAAAUAAAACAUGUAAUAAUUGAUUUAUUAAUAUGCUUUUUUAACAAAAUUCAAUGGUUGAGUAAAGAAUAAUUUUAAUGAUAUGAAUGC